UAUUUCUUUACAGUUGAUUCUUUCUAGAGAAUAAAAAAAAAUUUUUGCUAAUAAUCUAUGACUAUGUACUGCUAAAAUGAAUAAUGUAUUUUCUAAGAAUCAAAUAACACAAAAUCGAUUGACAAUUAUUUUAAGAGGUCUACCAACAAGGAGAGUAUAGGAAAAAAAAAAUAGUACAAAUACUGAAAUGUUGUGACAAUGUGUAGUCAUAGUUACACUGUCCUUUAAAAAAUAAAAAUAAUUCACCUUGUUAUUUUUUUGAAGUACAAUAUCAUUGGCAUUAUCAAAAAAAAAAUAUAUACUUGAAAAAUCAAGUAACAAUAGAUUUAUCAUAGAUAAUAAAUUGAGUUUAAAGAAAAAAUAUAAAACAAUUUUCAGGAUGUCUGAGAGUGAAGAUAGUUGUUGGGUAUUUGAUUCAUUAAUUGGUUUUCUUCAGGGUCCAAUUUGGUCAUCACCACUGUUGACAUUUAUAGAAGAAAGAUCAUUGAUAUUUGAAUCAGAGACUGAAGACAGCCAAGAAUAUCGUGAAGCUUAUCAAGAGUAUAAAAAUUUAGUUGAUCUAUUGCUUGGUUGUUACAUGGAAGACAUGGAAAUAACACCAGAACAAUUUGAACAUGCAUGUGCUGUUAAUAAAAAUACAAAAUUACCAAUGCAAUUUCAAAAAAGUUUAUUUGAGCAAAUUUGGGCAGCAAAUGAGUAUGAAGUAUUUAAAAGAAUGAUGAUACAAAAAAAUCUUGAAUUACAACUUCAAGCAUUGAGUAUGAUUGAACAAAAAUUUGGCUUAACUCCAGCAUUAUUUAAAUCUUCCAGUGAUUCAAUUGAUGGAGAGCUCAAAAUGGAAGAAAUAAUUCAAAAACAAAUUCAAGAAGAAGAUGAAGAAGAAGAAAAAAAUGAAGAUGAUGAACCAAAAAGAGAUGAGACUGAAAAAAAUUUAGAAAAAGAUCGUGAAAGAUUGUCAAAUAAAUAUGAAAAUGAAAAAGCAGCUCUUGCUGAAGCAUUGAGAGUGUCAGUAUCAACAACUUCAUCAAGAAGUUCAUCACCAGAAUUAAAAUAUUCUGAUGAAUCAAUUAUUCAAUCUUCUUCAUCAAUAAAUAAUAAAAUUAAAAAGCCAGCACCACUUGCUCCAAUUACAUAUGAAAAAAUUGAAGAAAUAAAAAAGACUAAUAUUGGAGAUCAAGAAGAUAUUAAAAAACGUGAAAAUUAUCUUAAAGCAAGAAGAGAUAAAUUAGUUGCAUUAAAAAAACAAGCAAGAAGUCAAAGACUUGACAAUAUCAAUGAACGUCCAUGUUCAGCUAAAAAUAUGGCUAAAGCAACAAUGAUGGGUAAACAGGAUCUUGAAAAAUCACAAAAUUCAUCAUCAAUUUUACAAGUUAGAAAAGCUCUUGCUGCUCGUCUCAAAGCUGAAGUUGUUGGAUCCUCAUAAUACAAAUUUAAAAUAGAAAAAAAAAAGGUCAAUUUUCCAUAUUUUGUUUUUCAUUAACAAUUACAAGAAAAAUAAUAAUAAAUAUUCUAAAUUUAUAUUUUAUUUUUAAUGAAAUAUUCUUCGCACUUCUACAACACACUUUUUUUUUUUUUUUUUCAUAAUAAUAUAACAUGCAUUCAUAUCACUCUCUACAAUUUGACCAAAUUGUUUCGUUUUGUUUCUUUUUUUUUUUUUUUGUAGAGCUGCCAUAAAGAUUGUUGGUGAAAAAUGAAUAUAAUAUUUUAAUUAAUAAUUAUUUUCUUUAUAAUUUUUUGACUUAAUAUUUUUCUUAAUUCACAACACAAUAUUAUAUUGAAAUUUUUUAAUAACUAUUUUUUGUUUUUAAAAUUUUAUUUAUAAUUUUCAUCAAUUAUUUACAAAAUUAACUGAAUUUAAAAUGAUUGAUAUAAAAUAAUAAUUCAAUCAUUCAAAAAAAAAGAAAAAAAAUAUUAAUUAAAUUUUAAAAUUUAUAUCAAAUUUGAUUGCUUAAAUCAUGAUUCAUUUUAUCAACAAAUUAUCAUUGAUAUUUAUAAAUUACGUAAAAAUAAAAUGCAAGAUAAUUUUUGUUUUAAAUAAAUUUUAAUUAUAAUUAUUACUUAUUAAUAUUAUUAUUAUUUUUCUUUACUUUAUGGUCCUGUCUCGUCACUUUGAACUCACACACAUUCUCAAAUAAUUAUUAAAACUUAUAUGAUUAAUUAUCUUCUUGUUUUUUCCUUUGUUUACAGAGGUCACGAAUAUUUUUUUUUUUCUAUUUUUUCUUCAUAAGUAUUAUAUAUUUAUCAUUUGUAAAAAAGUUUUUGUGAACUAUUAUUAUUUUAUUUUAAAGAACAAAAUAAUAGGUACAAUUUUAUUUACCAAUUACUUUAUCUUCGGUAUUAUACAUAUAUAUCAAGUAAAACAUAUAUUGAUAAUUAAUUUUUUUUUUUUCUUGUUUAUAUUUAUUAAUUUAUCUUCAUCAAUAUAUUCAAUUGAUACAACGUUUCAGCACAGUCAUUGUGACAGUAUUUUUAUUUUUUCUUUUAUUUGCAAAAUAUUUGAGAAAUUAUUUAUUAAUAAUUAUUAUUUUUAUUCAUAAAAACUUUUUAUUUUUACUGAUAUUAAACAAUUUAUUUCUAGGCCAAAAGCUGAUAAUAUUUAUUGAAAUUUUUUUAUUUUUAUGAGUACCAUUUUUCAUCAGCAAGGCUUUAUAAUAAUUAUUUACAAAAAUAAAAAUCAUCAUCGAUUAUUAUGUGUACAUUAACGCUUUUUAUAAAUUUACGUUAUAUUGUUUAUUAUUUAAAUUACCCCCCAUUUGUCUAUUUUCAUUUCAUUUUUUUUUUAACGUAUUUUUCGGUAAUAAUUUUUUGUCAAUUUAUAUAUUUUAUUUAUGAUAUUAUUUAUUUAAUCAAGAUGGUAUAAUUGUGACAAAUUAUAUUUUAAUUUUUUCACCGUAAAUACAUUAAAAUACAUUUAAUAAACAUUAGCACAUUUUUAAUUAUCAUUUAGGUAAGAUUUUUAUAAUAAAUAAAAACUUUGUGUUUUUAUAUAAAACAUUUUAAUUUAUUUUCUUAUUUUUUUUAUCACUGUAAUUUGUUAUUUAUCGAAUUGUUUUUUAUUUAUUUAAUUUAUCAACUGUGGUUUGUUUUUUUUUUUCGGUUUUUGGAUUUAAUAAACUUGAUUUUUGUUUUAUAUUUUAAUUUUAUGUACAUUUUUUUUAUUGUUUUUAAUAUGUAAUCGUCAGAAUUGAUAGUAUUAUUUAAAAAAUUGUCAAUAGAAAAAAAAAAAAUAAUUAUUUCUUCGCCUAAUUUGGGAAAAUUGUCAUAGUUUUUAUGAAUAAUAAAAAAGUUGAAUACUAAUUUGGAAUUUUGUAUUUAAUUUUUUAUUUAUUCAUGAAAGUUUUUAUGCUUUUUUUUCAAGGUAAUAUAAAAUUUCUAGAGAAACAGCGCAUUUGUAGUCUUGAGUUGGUC